CUUUUACUUCACGUGUGCGUCUGCGGCUCUGCCAUCGUGAGAGGAAACCAUGCCGAAGUCAAAGAGAGACAAGAAAAUUUCAUUAACGAAGACAGCCAAGAAAGGGCUGGAGUUAAAACAGAAAUUAAUCGAGGAGUUACGGAAAUGCGUGGACACCUACAGAAACUUGUUCAUAUUCUCUGUGGCCAAUAUGAGGAAUAACAAGCUGAAAGACAUCAGGACAGCGUGGAAACACAGCAGAUUCUUCUUCGGCAAAAAUAAAGUCAUGAUGGUUGCCUUGGGUAAAGGAGAAACAGAUGAAUACAAAGAUAAUUUGCACAAGGUCAGCAAGUAUCUGCGAGGAGAAGUGGGUGUACUGUUCACAAAUAAAACAAAGGAAGAGGUACAAGAGUACUUCAGUCAUUUCAAAGAGACAGAUUACGCACGGGCAGGUAACCAGGCACAGAUGGACAUAACUCUGGAGGAGGGACCCCUGGAACAGUUUCCUCACUCAAUGGAGCCCCAGUUGAGGCAGUUAGGACUCCCCACUGCUCUCAAGAAAGGAGUGGUAACACUGCUGAAGGACCACGAAGUCUGUAAGGAGGGAGAUUUGCUAAGUCCUGAGCAAGCUCGUAUUCUGAAACUCUUCAGUAUCGAGAUGGCAGAAUUCAGGGUGCAGAUCAAAUGUAUGUGGAACUCAGAAACAGGCGAGUUUGCGAACUUAGCUGGUGAGGAGGAGUCUAUGCAGGAGAAUGAAGAUGAAGAUGAUGAUGAUGAUGCAGAAUAAAACAUCUGCAUGGGCAGGUGUUUGUACAGAUAUGUUUUUAAAAGUCAUUUUUUGCCAACCCCAACUCCAGAGGGACAUUGAAACCAUUCAUCCUCCCUAUUCGCCCUGCAUUUUAGCUUUGGACUGAAUUGUUGUUCAGAAAACACGCUGGUGAGUGGAUUCAAGACUCAGCAGUCUUGUACAUGUAAUUAUCUUGAUGCCGCUUGCAUUGUCAAGAUUUGUCAACAUAAUGACAAAAAGUUUUGUAUUGCAAUCAAGCACAUACUGCUUUAUGUGUUAGACCAACCCAAUUGAUGCUUUUUGUGGGUAAGACAAACAUUUUGUUUUUGUGAGAAAAUGUCUUUUUAAUGUAACAGUUUAAUUAAGGCAAGCUCCAGAAAAGCGUAUUUCUCCUUGAAAACAUAUCUUGUCAUUUUUAAAUUUAUAUAAUAACAAUGAAGUGCUGUAGCA